GUGCCCCUUCCGAAACGUUUCUUCUUCUUCUCUCUCUUUCAACACAGAGGAAUCUUGAAGAAACGCGGUGGAGCAGAGAAAAGUCCCCUACAACCAGACUUCAAAUAGCACCAAUAGUUGCUUGCACGAACUCUCAAGCAAACAAAAUCAAUCCAAAUUACAUCAACAACACCACCAACAGUAUUAAAAUUCGCAAAAAUAUUAAAAAAAAGAAACAAUUCGUUUUCUUUUCCUUGGCUUUCUGGUUAAGCACAGCAGUUACGACCAAAGGUUGAAGUUCUAAAUUCAUUCUGGUUAUAAUUUUUUCUUGGUUAUUUUAAGUUUGCGUUGAUGGCUGAGGAAAAUGCUGAUUUACCAGUAACUCCAGAAGGGACCCAAUCUGAUGGAGGUGCUGCAAGGAGAAAUGCAAGUUCUUCUGAAAGUGGAGAGAAAGUCCUUUCUCGUUAUCUCAGAGCCUCUACUGGUUCUUGUCACGACUUAUGUAAAUAUGGCAGGAAGCAUGAAUUUGAAGCUAAGGCAAGACAUCCCAUGGCAAAAAGAAUAACAAAACCAUCAAUUGACAACCAAAUUCCCACAGCAAGCAUGAUUUUUCUGGAGAAGAAAAAGACAUUGGUGGCAAGGCCCAAAUCGUCUCCCACUCUGAAAUCCUAUUCAUCUGACACUCCCGAGACCAUCAAGCAUGAAGUACCUACAAGAUCACUGGUUGGCCAGAAUUUGCUUUCUACAUCGACAGAUAGCCACAAUCCAGUUAAGGGUGAAGUUCUUCAUGGUAUAAAGAACAUAUCAGCAUCCAAACUCAGACCUUCACCCACUUCUAAAAGCUGUCUAUCGGAAUCCCAAAAAUUCAAUACGCAGGAACUAUCGGCUUCAGCAAAGACAGAGGCGUCUUCUAAACCAGUUAAAUCUAAUUCGAAAGAAAAAAUUGCGUCUCCAAAGCAUGCCUUUUCUUUGAAGCUGAAAUCUCUGGUGCAGAAGCCAUUGUCAUCUCCAGAUUUUUCAGGAGGUUUAAGUGGCGGAAGAAACAGUGACAUCAAGACGGGCCCCCCUAAAGCAUCUGUUAAGAAAGUGAUAGCUUCCCCGAGACUUUCAUUCACAUCCCCAAGGGCAUCAUUGUCUCCUAAAUCUUCUAAGAGUAGAGUUGCAAAGAAAGUAUUGGCUUCCCCAAUAGUUUCGCAGCCAUCUCCAAGGGCAUCGUUGUCUCUUAAACCUGCCAUCAGUAGAGUUGCAAAGAAGGCAAUGACUUCCCCAAGAGUUUCGCAGCCAUCUCCAAGGGCACCGUUAUCUCCUAAACCUUCCAUUAGUAGAGUUGCAAAGAAAGUAUUGGGUUCCUCAAGAGUUUCUCUGGCAUCCCCAAGGGCAUCAUUUUCUCCCAGACCUGUUCUAAGUAGAGUUGCAAGUCUAAAUACAAGAAAGCUUAAGAGCCUGAAAGUUGUGUCUCCCAUGAAGAAUCAAGGCCACACUAAACCUUCGAUCAGUAGAGUUUCAAAGAAAGUAUUGGGUUCCUCAAGAUUUUCUUUGGCCUCCCCAAGGGCAUCAUUUUCUCCCAGACCUGCUCUCAGUAGAGUUGCAAGUCUAAAUACAAGAAAGCAUAAGAGCUUGAAAGUUUUAUCUCCUGUGAAGAAUCAGGGCCAGACUAGAACAGAUGAAUCUAAGGAGUCCAAGAUUGAUCUUAAGCACACUAAUGAUGAUUUGGUCCAGGAAAAAACCCUGUACGUUAUCCAAAUGGAAACUAAGCACAGAUCUUUGGAAUCUGAUCAAAAUGAAAGCUGUGUUGUUGAGCCAGCUCUGCCUCCGUCAUGCUCGUUAACCGAAUCCCUUCCAGCUUCUUCAUCAUCAUCUUCAUUGCCCACUGAAGAACAGCAAGAGAUAUCAGAGUAUACAGAGACUGGAACAGAAGAUGCCCCUCUCUCUGAAUCUGAUGAAACCUUCAGCACGGAAGAAGAAGAAACCAUGGAGGAUGAACAGCCAGGGAGGUCUAGAAAGGAUGGGAUCGUUUACUCUGAGGAAAAGAGUUCCGAAGCAAUAAAAUUACAUUUUAGGAGGGGAAAGGUCGUUGAUGUCCAGUCUGACAACAACAGUCCAAGAAGGCUUAAGUUCAGGAGAGGAAGAGUGCUUGGAGAGAACCCAAAUCUCAAGGGUGAUAACAGAAGAAUCCUUAAGAAGAAAGAAAUUGAUGGUGUGGCGAUUGACAGUAAAUCUAGUUCACAAAAGGUUGUUUUGAGACAUCAAGAUGUUCAGGGAAAAAAAGAUUCCCAAAUCCUGUUCAAUAAUGUCAUUGAACAAACAGCAAGUAAACUUGCUGAAACCCGGAAAAGUAAGGUUAAGGCCUUGGUGGGUGCUUUCGAAACAGUUAUCUCCCUCCAAGAGACCAAACCUUCCGCAAACACUGCCUGAGUUGGAAUACUUCGCAUUUAUUAACAGUUCUUUGUUCUUUUUCAAAGUAUGGUAGUGAAUAAACCUAAGCGAAUGUGUGAAGAAGUGAAGUUCAAAAGCUUACGGAGUUGUGGAAGUGUUAAAAGCAGAUUCCUUCUGUUGGCUUAAGCGAACCCAAAUACUGGGCUGAACAUCCGAGUCCUUUGUGUACUGACAUUGACUUGCUUCAUAUACAGUUUCUCCCUGGGUAUGCUGUAUGCUUGAUUUCCUGUAUGAAUUCCAAACCAAAUGAGAUUGUUUCAAUAGUGUUAAUAAAACAAACAUAUGCAUGACUUCUAUGUA